AUGUCUACGGUUACAGACCUCCAGGCUCUUGACUUUGACUAUGUCAUUGUUGGUGGAGGAACAGCUGGUUGUGUGAUAGCCAGCCGGCUUGCGGAGGCCCUUCCCGAUCACAAGAUUUUAAUGAUCGAAGCAGGACCGAGCGAUUUGGAUGACAAGCAAAUCCUUGACCUGCGAAACAUGUACAAUCUCAUGGGCAGUGAGUUUGAUUACAGCUAUAAGACAGUUGAUCAGACAUACGGAAACAGUAACAUCCUUCACUCGCGGGCUAAAGUUCUCGGUGGUUGCUCAAGCCACAAUGGCAGCUUGGCUGUUCACCCAUUCGAGUUCGACAUGAAAAAAUGGGAAGAAGCGGGCGCUAUGGGAUGGGAUUGGGAGACCAUGAAGCGCCUGAUCAAGAAGCUACGCACGCCGAUUGUGGCUAUUCAUGAUCGUCACCGAAACCCCAUCGUCUAUGACUUCCUCGAGUCGACCAACAAAGCACUCGAUAUCCCCGUUGUCGAUAGCGUCAAUCACGAAAUCACUUCUUCACGUGGCCUUGCUGGCGGCGGUGCGUCCUUCUGCUCCCUGACGUAUGACCAGAGCACAGGUUACCGUGUCAGCGCCAGUGUCGCCUACAUCCAUCCCAUCCUCAGAGGUCAGGAGAGACGACCCAACCUGACAAUUCUUACCCACGCUUGGGUCGAUCGCAUCACUGUUGUCAACGGCACAGCUACCGGGGCGAGCCUUGGUCUCCAGUCCGGAAGAAAGAUCAAGGUCAAAGCGACGAAGGAGACGAUCGUAUGUGCUGGCACCUUUGACACCCCGCGUCUUAUGCUCCUUUCCGGCAUUGGUCCGCGGAACGAUCUUGAAGACCUGAAUAUUCCCGUCGUGAAUGAUCUCCCCGGUGUAGGCGAGAACCUCAUGGAUCAUCCCGAAGCAAUCAUCACAUGGGAGCUCCACGAGCCCCUCGAGGACAAGACUGUCAUGUGGGCGGAUGCUGCCCUCCUCGCUCGCCGUGAGCCCGCCAAUAUCAACGGCGACGAUGGCAUGGUCCCGGACACCAUGAUGCACAUCUACACUAUGCCGUUCGACGUCCACCAGGCCGCCCACGGCUUCGACGUACCCAAGAACGUGUUCUCGCUUACGCCCAACAUUCCCCGUUCGCGCUCCCGGGGCAAGGUUUCGCUCCAAUCCUCCGACCCCAAGGACCCGCCCCUCAUCGACUUCCGCUACUACACCGACCCCGAGGGCUACGACGAGAAGACUCUCGUCUGGUCCCUGCGCGCAGCCCGCAAGAUCGUCAACCAGGACCCCCUCAAGAAGUGGAUCAAGCGAGAGGUGGCCCCGGGUCCCGGCUGCCAGACCGACCAGCAGCUUUCCGAGUACGGCCGGAAGACGGGCAACACGGUUUACCACCCGUGCGGGACUGCGAAGAUGGGAGACACCAAGCACGAUCCCAUGGCCGUUGUGGAUCCGGCACUCAAGGUCAAGGGGAUCAGGAAGCUGCGUGUGGCGGACGCGAGCGUGUUCCCGCUCAUUCCUACGGUCAACCUGAUGCUCACGACAUUGGCGGUGGGCGAACGCGCGGCUGAGUUGAUUAUUGAGGAUGCCAAUAAGAGCUUUGCCAACUUUCGACUGGCCGAGUAUCUUCCAAAAAAGCGCAUUCUUCUCGUGGAAGGUGGGCCAACAGAUGAAGGUGACAAUCGCGUGUUGAUACUCAGGGACAGGCUUCAGACAAUUGGAACAGACCUUGACUAUGGCUACACAAGAAACAGCCAUAUCCAACAUUCCCGAGCCAAGGUGCUGGGUGGCUGCUCGAGCCACAACGACAUGAUCUCAUAUCGAACAACCGAGUACGACUCUUACCUCUGGCAGAAGCUUGGAUGCAAAGGGUGGGAUUUCAACCUUUUCAACCGACUUCUUGACAGCCUUCGUACCACUAUUCGGCUUCCUCAUCCUCGGGAUCAGAGUGACUUGUGCAAGGACUGGAUUACCUCUGCUCGAGCGGCUCUCAAUAUUGACCAAGUACACGAUUUUAAUCAGGCGAUUGUAUCUAAAUCCGGUUUGCAAGAAGGCACAGGCUGGUGCAACGUAUCGUAUGAUCCUGAUACCGGAUACCGCAACAGUGCUAGCAUCGCCUACUUACAUCCCAUCUUCCGGGGCGACGAGCAUCGACCGAACCUCACCGUCUUGACGGACGCAUGGGUGUCGAAGGUCCACAUUGAGGAUAACACCGCGACGGCCAUUGAUGUGGCUCUCAAGUCGGGACAUUCGAUCACCGUGCGCGCGAAGAAAGAGAUCGUUCUGUGUGCUGGAGCCAUCGAUACCCCUAGACUCCUACUUCUUUCCGGGAUUGGGCCUCGCCAACAUCUCGAGUCCGUCAAUGUCCCGGUUGUAUGCGACCUGCCGGGAGUAGGUGAAAACCUCAUGGAUCAUCCCUUGACAACAAUGCUCCACGAACUCAACCGACCAGCGCCAACAAAUACCGUCAUGAAUUCGGACGCGUGUUUCUUCCUUCAAGCCAAGCCGUUCAAUCACGAUGGCGAUGAUGGACACAUCCCCGAUGUCAUGGUGCACAUUUUCACGGUCCCGUUUGUCGACGACUUCAAACGCCUGGGGUAUGAGAUCCCCGAGCCUGAGCGCGUCUUCCACUUCAUGCCUCUAGUCCCCCGCCCGAAAUCCAUCGGGCGCAUCUACCUCAAGUCCAACGACCCGCAGGAGAAACCCGCACUCGACUUUCAAUACUUUACAGACACGGACGGCUACGACUCCGCCAUCCUCGUUGAGGGUAUCAAGGCAUGCCGCAAAGUGGCCGAACAAGAACCUUUCAAGAGCUGGAUCAAGCGAGAGAUUGCACCUGGUCCCCACGUCACAACGGACGAGGAACUAGACCAGUAUGCCCGCGAUCUAUCAGGUACAGUCUACCACCCUGCCUGUACGACCAAGAUGGGAGACGUCGAGAAGGAUGAAAUGGCUGUGGUGGACUCGGAGCUAAAAGUGAGAGGGAUCAGGGGGCUACGGAUUGCCGAUGCGGGUGUCUUCCCGACGAUGCUGUCUGUGAACCCGAUGCUCACGGUGUUGUGUGUUGGUGAGCGGUGUGCUGAACUGGUCGCACAAGAUGCUGGCUGGCAGCGCGAUACGCCGAGGUUGUAA